AGCGAAGGCAGAAAUAAAGAUGAAAUUGAGACUCACUUUAUCUAGUCGGCCAAGCAACAUGAGUACAGUAGCAAAAACAAACUCAACCUACUAGAAACUCACUACCACAACAAGAACAAAGACAAUGACCUCGCUGGGACCAUCCACCACCUCCACGAAAAGUCCAAACAAGAAGGCAAUGACAAUGACCUCCCUGCCAUACGCACCACGAGAGGUUUCGCUGCAUAUCAUUAGUUUUCUUGAUAUGCAGAGUUUGACCCAAUUCGAAGCUUGCAGCAAGGAGUGUCGCGACAUAGCACACGACUUCCUGCGCGUCAGUGCGAAGCAGUGGUUGUUGAAUCGUCUCGACGAGGAAAGAUCUACUGUGGUAGUCGAAGAUGAUGACGCAGCUCCUGUAGUUGAUGUUGAUGGUGAUUUUAUUUCUAACGGUCGUGGUCGUGGAGUAGAUGGAGGUGCGCGUGGAGUUGUUGAAGAUGACCACGUAGACAGUGUAGUUGCAGGAGGUCGACGUGGAGGUUGUAAUGAUCCUCCUGCGUUAGGGAGAACGUUUCUCCUUCAGUCAAAUCUCUAUUCUUGUACCGCUGCAAUGACUUCAUCUAGUACUUCUAGUGCCUCUUCCUGUAACACUACAACGACUUCUCGGACGAGCCGAAGAAAAACGGAUUGGUACAACCUCUACCUGAAAAACAUGGUGUCACCUUCUACUUCUUCUUCAUCUCCGUGUUUUGCUUUUGCUCUGCGGUCAAGAAUCAAGGUUGCUGCGCGGGUGGCUGAGAUUCUGAACGACUGGAGGGAGGAGAGGGACCGCAGCACGCCAGGUUAUUGCAGUAUGAUUGAAAACAAGCUUCGGCAAAGUAGGAUGAAGAAGGCUCACGACUAUAAUGAAGAACGCGUUUUUGUAGCACGACUAACUUGGACCACUCCAGAUGUGUUCAUAGCAAAAAAUGGAGCCGCUGUUCCUCUUGUGCGGACACUUCUGCUACAACUUCUACAUCAACAAGUUUUUAACAUGACUCAUAAUCAUGGAGAUGGAGAAGUAGGAGCACAAGCGGAAGAGAGACAUGGAGAUAACGUUAACGAUGAAGAUGAGGAAAAUCCACAAACGGAAAAUCCAACAUCGACACCGACAUCUACAACUAGUAGUGAUGAAAAGUAUGGCCCUGAACCUGAAGUAGAUCGAUCACUAGGCGAGUACAUAGUCUGGAUUCGCAUGCUGGAGUUGCAGGCCACAGAGCGAGCGCAAUUUUCAAGACUGCUAGCAAGGGAGGAGGACCGGAUCAACGUUGUGAUCGAUGCAAAAUUUCUCACACUCCUACUUCGCGUUCUUUUAACGGUAGAAAAGUUUUUAACGACGCAGUCGAAAGAGGAGGGCGACGAGCCGGCAAGGGAUGAAAAUGCCGAAGAUAGAAGAGUUUUAUCAGAAGAAUGAUGUUGAUUGAUGGAGCCCUUCCUUGGAAGUCAAGCACGGUAUUAAAUAGUCCCGUCGACAGUUUCGGAAUACUGAUCUGGGCAACAUUCCAUUCCAUAGAUACAACAACGACAGCAAAUCACAUUCCUUUGUUUUCAGGAUUAUCAAAACUUAGGAAGCGUUCGAUAGUACAGUUCCUAGUUUCGAUAAGAAGGAAAAGAAGAUCACUAUCGUCCAGUACCUCCAACAUUAUCAAAACCAAAAUAUAUUAACUUGAAAAAUACGAGUUUAGAAAUCCUAGUAGUUGUUUGACUUUUUGAAUACAACGAAGGUGAUAUCAAUAUCAUUGUUUUACUCGUCAAUCAGAAGCGAUAUGUGACAGUUGCUCUCCUUCGACUGCUUCUGCUCAACCAGAUCUAAAAUGAACCCCCCAUCGUCAUAGCGUUGAACAAAGAGACCCAUAAUUAUAUACAUGGACCAGAACUGGGAGGGUACCGGUACUAGAAGGGGUGGGAAAAUAAGGGCUUCGACAAAAAAGGUAGAAUUAUCGAUAAAAAAGGUAGAAGUAGAGGAAACGCAAAAGGUAGAAAUCGAGAAAAGUAGGAGCCUUAGAGAACCAAAAAAGGGGGAAAAAAGGUAGAAAAAGACGCAAAAGGGGCUUGGCAGGAGGUCGCAGCAAAAGGACGAAGGGCAACUUCUACAGAAAGAAGGGCUUGUCCAUCUUACUUGCAUAUGCACGCACACUGGGGGGGGGCGGGGGGAUCGCAAAGGGAGGGAGCGCGCCGCAAAGCUCCUGCUGCGGGGGGGGGGGGCGGGGGGGGCGCAAAUGGCGGAAGCGCGCCGCGAAGCUCCUGCUGCCUGGCAGUUGCCCGCGCGCCUGCCUCUGGCGGGUGCGAGGUACUGCGGCAAGAGCGGGAGAACAUAGAGAAACGGAAGGUGCAGCAAGAUGCGCCAAGCCUGAGGGACCGGCCGCAGCUUGGUGGCAAUCCUGCCAGGACACUGCGCGGCCAAGCGCGCGCGGCUCCCCACCGGGCCCGGGCGCGCAUUGCACAAGCCACCGGGGCGCUGCGUUGGCAGUGAGUGGGGUGGAAGGAGCAGCCUACAAGAAGGGCCAAGGUCAGGCCCCCUAUUUUCCGGGCCCCUUCUGAUACCGCGGCCCCAGUUUUUCCCGGGGCCAUGUUGGCCCCAGUAUUUCCGGGGACCCCGCCAGAACUAUAAGGAACCCCGCGGAAAAAUAAGGACCCGGGAUUUUUGCGGCCCCGGUCCGAUUAAAGGGGGAAAAGCACAGGGGCCCUUAUAAUACAGGGGGCCCAGUUUUUCCGGUCCAUACAUAGAUACCUCUAUCUUUGCACAGAUUUGCACAGUCACAGAUCGAUGUCAUUUCGCAUGUCGCCAUAAAGUGCUCUCCAGCAGUUGCUCAGACUUCUAAAUAUAUUUUGCUUUUGUGAGCUAUUUUCCUUCGAAUUCCAUCUGCUUUUGAGGAGUACAGACCGUAAG